CGUCGUGACAAUAAGGCACGCGGGCGACCGUUGCUGUCACGUGUUCGCCCCAGCGUUCCUUUCUCCGCCCCCGCCUCCCCCCCGCUGUCUUCUCGCUCCAAGGCGACUGAGACGCAGUGCGGCUGAGGGAAGGGAGGGAGGGAGGCGCCAUGGGAGAAGGGGCGGACUGCGGCGAGCUGCCGGACUUCGAGGGGCUCGUGCUGGAUCUGGGGCAGGAGAAGCAGAUGAAGAACUACUUUUCUACAUGUGCUCUCACACACACGGUGUCACCUGCGCCCUGUAUUAAUAACGAUAUUUUGCUGGAGCGUCGAAGGGCUUCGUUUGCAUUCAUCGGCCUUACCAACAACAGCCUUCAAGACAAUGAAUGGAAAACCAGAUAUGAAACCCAAAUAGAAUUGAACAGACAGUUAGAAAGGCAAAUUGGCCUUCUCCAGGGAAAAAUGGAGCAAGUUCAUAAAAGCCCAACAGACAGAUUAGCAUCUGUUCGCUCCUUUGAUCAAAUGCAUGUGGUAAGUAUGCCGUAGUUUCUGAACCAUCUUCAAAGGCAAGAGAAAAGUCUGCAGAACCAACUGAAAGAUUACGAGCUUCGAUUGGAACAAGAAGCAAAGGCUUACCAUAAAGCUAAUGAUGAACGUCGUGCAUACUUAGCCGUGAUUUCACAAAUUUCAGGAUCACUGAAACCGUCAGAGAGGCAGAAAAUGGAUGCAGUAGAAAUGAAGAGGGAAGACCAACUUAUGCGAGGAAAGUGCAACAUUCCAAGAAAUCAACGAAUAUUGGACCCAAAGAAAGGACCAAUUAAAAAGACUGCAGGAGUCAAGCAUCUUCCAAAACUGAAGCUCUGAUUUCUUAUUUCUGGGUCUUUUAGUCACUUGUUCUUCCUUUCCCCCAAUAGAAAUUGUAGUGAAGUGCAAAGUAUUAUUUUGAUACAUAUUAUAUUAAAAGUAACCCUCCUCUUCCUAAUCCCAUUUAGGAGCAAGCAAGCCUGAUUGACUCUAGUAGAUUUGCAUAUAAGGAAAUGUCUGCAUCACCUGUUUUGUGCAUGACAUAUUAAUCAAUGUAAUGAAAAACCUGGUGAAGUCUGCA